CAUAGGUGGUGCUCUGAGACAUUUGUAUUAACUUAGUUAUUCACCAAAGAAGAAGAUAUCGACCCAGCUGUGUUUUGAAAAACAGAAUUGACCCUCUAUGAGAAGCCAUGAGUGUCCCAGACUACAUGCAGUGCGCUGAGGACCACCAGACGGUACUGGUGGUGGUGCAGCCGGUGGGCAUCGUCCCCGAGGAGCAGUUCUUCCGCAUCUACAAGCGCAUCGUCAGCGUGGGCCAGGUGAGCGUGCGCGACUCCCAGCGGCAGCUCUACAUCCGCUACCGCCACCACUAUCCGCCCGAGAACAACGAGUGGGGCGACUUCCAGACGCACCGCAAGGUGGUGGGCCUCGUCGCCGUCACCACCUGCGCCACGGCAAAGGAGUGGCCUCAGACGUCCGACCGCUUCCACGCCAUGAAGGAGGUUUAUGGAUCCACGCUGUACGACUCGCGCCUGCUGGUGUUUGGCCUUGAGGGGGAGAUCGCAGAGCAGCAGCGCACUGAUGUGGCCUUCUACCCCAGCUACGACGACUGCCCAGAUGUAGAGCGCAGGGUGGAGGAUUUUGUGGAGUCCAUUUUCAUUGUGCUGGAGUCUAAGCGGCUGGACCGCGCCACGGACAAGUCCGGAGACAAGAUCCCACUCCUUUGUGUACCGUUUGAGAAGAAGGACUUUGUGGGUUUGGACACAGACAGCAGUCCUGUGAGUUUGUUGUUGGGUGUAAAAAGGCACUAUAAGAAGCGCUGCCAGGGGCGCAUGAGGAAGCAUGUGGGGGACCUGUGUUUGCAGGCGGGCAUGUUGCAGGACGCCCUGGUCCACUACCACAUGGCCGUGGAACUGUUACGCUCAGUCAACGACUUCCUGUGGCUGGGAGCGGCUUUAGAGGGCCUGUGCUCGUCAUCUGUCAUAUUCCACUACCCUGGAGGCACCGCCGGGAAAACAGGGGCCCGAAAGCCCAGCGUCUCUCAGGCAGCAGACGCCGGAAAGAGGCACCGACCAGGGGCUCAGGAGGUUCUCAUUGACCCAGGUGCGCUCACCACCAAUGGCAUCAACGCAGACACCAGCACAGAGAUCGGGCGGGCCAAGAACUGCCUUAGUCCAGAGGAUAUCAUUGAGAAAUACAAAGAAGCUAUCUCCUACUAUGGCAAGUAUAAGAAUGCUGGUGUGAUUGAGCUGGAGGCGUGUGUGAAGGCAGUCCGGGUGCUGGCGAUUCAGAAGAGGGCCAUGGAAGCUUCAGAGUUCCUCCAAAAUGCAGUCUACAUCAACCUUGGCCAGCUGUCCGAGGAAGAGAAGAUCCAGCGCUACAGCGUCCUCUCUGAGCUUUACGAGAUCAUCGGCUUCCACCGCAAGUCGGCCUUCUUCAAGCGCGUGGCCGCCAUGCAGUGUGUGGCCCCCACCAUCCCAGAGCCGGGAUGGAGGGCCUGCUACAAGCUGCUGCUGGAGACCCUGCCUGGGUACAGCCUCUCCCUGGACCCCAAGGACUUCAGCAAAGGUACCCAUCGGGGCUGGGCAGCAGUGCAGAUGCGCCUCCUCCAUGAGCUGGUCUACGCCUCCCGGCGCAUGGGCAACCCGGGCCUGUCCGUCAGGCACCUGUCCUUCCUGCUGCAGACCAUGCUGGACUUCCUGUCUGAUCAAGAAAAGAAAGAGGUGACCCAGAGUCUGGAAAACUACACCUCUAAGUGCCCAGGAGGGAUGGAGGUGAUCACUCUGCCCGACGGCAUGAAGCUGCCUUCGGUGCCCUUCACCAAGCUGCCCAUUGUCAGGUCUGUGAAGCUGCUGAACCUGCCGGUGAGCUUGCGGCCCCACAAGGUGAAGUGCCUGCUGGGCCAAAGCCUGUCCAGCAAGAGCCCCUUCAUCUACUCCCCCAUCGCCAUGCACACCCGCGGAGACGAGCGCUGCAAGAAGAUCGAGUUCCAGUGGGUGCGCGGGGACGUGUGCGAGGUGCAGCUGAUGGUCUACAACCCCAUGCCCUUUGAACUGCGGGUGGAGAACAUGGGGCUCCUCACCUCCGGGGUGGAGUUUGAGUCUCUGCCUGCGGCCCUCUCCCUGCCCGCCGAGUCCGGCCUCUACCCCGUCACCCUGGUGGGAGUGCCGCGCACCGCUGGCAACAUCACCGUCAACGGGUACCACACAUCUGUGUUCGGCGUGAGUAGUGACUGUCUGCUGGAGGGGCUGCCAGCGGUGAAGACGAGUGGCUGCAUGGUGGAGGUGGUGCCGUCUCUCCCCCGCCUGCAGCUCAGCACCUCCCUGCCACGGUCGGCCCACCCCACGUCAGAGGACCUGUCGAGCAGCGUGUCGCUGCAGCUGUUCAACGGAGAGAGCCAGCAGCUCACGAUCACGCUGGAGAAUAUCGGCGCCGAGAACCUGGAGACGCUGGAGCUCACCUCCAAGACUCUGAGUACCAAAGAGAAGCUGCUGGGGAAAUUCCUGAGCUGGGACCUCCAGGAGGCGCUCUCCCAUCUCCCCCUGAAGCCUGGCCAGUCCCUCGCCAUCCCCGUCUGCAUCCAAGUCAAGCUGGACUUCUCCGGACAGGAGAGCCUGCUGCAGGACCUCAACGAUGAUGGCAUCAGUGUGACAGGCCUGUCUAUCUCCAGCCCGCUCCGGCAGGUCCUGAAGUCGCGCGCUGAGAACAAAACCGCCGGCACCGAGCCUGGCAAGUCCGAGUACAACCACGUCAAGUCUCUGGACGCUGUGUUGAAUUUUAAGUACUCUGGUGGAGCGGGCCACGUGGAGGGCUACUACCGGGAGCUGUGCCUGGGGGUGCACGUGGACGUGGAGCCGUCCGUCUUCUUCACACGGGUCAGCACUCUCCCUGCCACCAGUACACGUCAGUGCCACCUGCUCUUGGAUGUGUUCAACUCCACGGAGCACGAGCUCACAGUCAGCUCCAAGAACAACCAGGACCUGCUGCUGCACGCCAGCGAGUGCCAGAGAAUGGCCAUCCAGGUGGAUAAGUUUGCCUUUGAGAACGUGCUGGUCCCGCGUGUGGAGGACCCGAGUGUCCAGGAGCACUUCACCAGCCCCCGGCAGCUGGAGGAACAGAGGCUGCAUGCCCAGGGCAGGCUCAUCAAUAGCACCCUCAACAUCCACUGGAGCAUCCCGUCUCUGCUGCGUCAGGGCGAAGCCACCGUGGAGGGCGUGCUCAACCAGCUGGUGCUCGACCAUCUGCAGCUGGCGCCUCUACAGUGGGACGUGCUGGUGAAUGGUAAGCCGUGUGACUGUGACGCGGUGGCCGAGUGGCGCGUGGGCGAGCCUGUGACGCUUGAAGUCCGGCUGACCAAUCACAGCAGGACGGCGGUGGGGCCAUUUGCCCUGAGCGUGGUGCCCUUCCAGGACUACCAGAACGGCGUGCACAACUACGAGCUCAGUGACACGGUCACCUUCAUCGGCUCCAACACUUUCCACAUCAACACGGUGGAUCCAACUGAGAGUUCAGUGUACCGUGGGGCGCUGCUUUUCCUCUACACAGGAGACUUCUACCUGAACAUCAAGUUUCAGGACGACCGUUCAGGGCGGGAGCUGCCCGCCGCCUGGUUCUGCCUGCCCAGCGUGCACAUCCGCGCCCUGGAGUCACCCAUCGAGAACGGGGCCUGAAGGGAAGAGAGAGAGGAGCCUUGCUGAGGAGAGCCACUGGAGAAAGGGACAGGGAGAGAGAGAGGGAAAGGGAGAGUGAGGGGGAGA